GAGCCGUCAUAUGUCUGUCUACAUGGGCUAGGCUGCACAGAACAGCUGGCUUCUUUUUUUGAAUCGAGAAGUUCGCGUGCGUAUUUCUGUUCAAAUUUUACCACGACUCGGCUCUUAUCGGGGGACGUGCGGCGUUUUAUAACCGGCGGCUAGACUAUACAUCCUAAUUAGGACCAUCUCUUAUGAGCACCUUCAUGGAAUUGACGCUCCAGACGGUAAACGGCGUGUAGGUGCAGCGGGGGCUUCAGCCGAGCGAUCGCCGCUGUCUGCUGCCAUGACGACCAGCCGCUGCAGCCAGCUCCCCGAGGUGCUGUCGGACAGGCUGGACCCCGCCCACGCGCCGCGCAGGCCGGGCUGCAGAGACCACGCCCCCCUCGCCGCCGCCGGGCCCCCGGACCGCCCGGGCCCCGCCCACACGGGGAAGGCCGUGGACGAGCCCAGCGGGCGUGGCGGCGGGCAGCCGCAGUACGUCAUGCAGGUCUCCGCCAAGGACGGCCAGCUGCUCUCCACCGUGGUCGGGACCUUCGCCACGCCGAGCCCCCUGGUGGAGAGGCCCAUGUGUCGGAUCUGUCACGAGGGCAGUGGGCAGGAGGAGCUGCUCUCCCCCUGCGAGUGUGCGGGCACCCUGGGCACCAUCCACCGCAGCUGCCUGGAGCACUGGCUCUCCGCCUCCAGCACCAGCAUGUGCGAGCUCUGCCACUUCCAGUUCAACGUGCAGCGCAAGACCCGCCCCCUGCUGGAGUGGGUGCGGAGCCCCGGUUUGAGGCAGGCCCAGAGGACGCUUUUGGGGGACAUGGUGUGCUUCCUGCUCAUCACGCCGCUGGCCACCAUCUCGGGCUGGCUGUGCCUGCGGGGCGCGGUCGACCACCUGCACUUCUCCAGCCGCCUGGAGGCCGUGGGGCUCAUCGCCCUGACCGUCGCCCUCUUCACCAUCUACCUCUUCUGGACCCUGGUAUCGCUCAGGUACCACUGUCGGCUGUAUAACGAGUGGAGGCAGACCAAUCAGAGGGUGGUGCUCCUGCUCCCAAAAACGCACGGGGAGCCCCCAGCACAGCAGCCCCUCACGGGCCCCCCUCCCGCGAAACGCCCCUCCAAAGAGACCAUCGUCUGAGCGCCGUCGGGAACCCCCCCCCCCCCGGGACCGAUACCUCUCCCGAAUUCUGGCCCCCACACCGCAAAGGGGCUGGGGAUUGUGGGGUCAGGGUGGGGGGUGGGUGUGUCAAAGACUCACUGGGAUUCACUUCACGAAUCAGAGCAGGGGGAACAUUUUGUGGAGGACACCCCUGUUCGGACUCGUUUGGAGGACAAAAUCCCGCCGUGUGAGAAAACGCCUGUGGGGGGGCCGCUAACUCCUCCCCCCGUCUGUGGGGGGGGCGGGUGACUAUGGAGCUGUAAAUCCCUACGAAGUUGAGCUGUGAUUCACGUGUAAGUCCGCAUGUAGCGGAAGACAUGGAGAUGAUUCUCUUUCCCCUCUUUAAUUGAGCCAAGCUAAGGCCUCCAUUCAGACUGAACUCGCCAUGCUCCCCUGUCCUUCAUCUUAAAAAGCAAUUUUAGACAGUGAUGUUUUUUACCCAAAAACUCAAGUUUUGCACUGUGUGUGUGGGAAAACUGCGAGGAGAAAAGCAUUUCCAUGAUUGAGCUUCACACUCAAAGUUAACGGCAAAGCAAGCUAUGCGGGCUAAAAUCCUGAAGGUCCACUUCAUCAGUUCAACACUAGAAUGCACUGCUGCAUAGACAAGGAACAGAACGUGAUUGGUUGGAAGUUGUGUUUCCUGAUACAGGUGUUCUGCCUUGACGCUCAUAUUUCAGCUGGAAAGGAAUGCAUUUCAGUAUUUUAAGCUCAGUAAAGAUGUAAUCACUCAUUUAAGCUGCCAUAAAAAGGCAUAGUAGGACCCAGAGGAGAAUUUCAGGUUAAAAAAAAAUUAAUUAAGGGGUUUUGACAUGCUUGAAAAUAUGGGUUAAUGAUGUUAAAUGGUUUAAUGAUGCUAGAUUAUAAAUUUGGAGGAAAAAUUUGAAAUUUUUUUUUUUUUUUAACCUGUUUCUUUUGGGGUGGAGUGAUGUUCUGUGCCUUGGACUUGUCAGAAAUCAGGUUGGAAAGAAAACAUUUUGUGGGGGGGGGGGGGCACAGGUUAAUUUACUAGUACAGUCCAGAUUUUUCUGAGUGCAUUCUUACCAAAACAUACAGGACCGCUGGGCCUUUGCUUGUAAAUGUGUGGAGCGCUCCUCACAUCCGUAAGUCUUAAGAUUUCCUCAGUUUAAAGCAAAUCCUGUGUGCUGUGGGUUUUUAUAUUCAGACUCGAUGUUCCCCUUGAGUGUUCGUCAUAAUGUCUCCCUCUGGGUGGAAUAUGCGCCAUCAAGGUUGUAUUGUUUUUUGGGGGGGGUUUUUUUGUUUCUUUCCUUUGACUUGGGUGUGGAUGUGUCUUUUCCCCACUUCCACGUUUGUAAUUUUCUGUUGCCAUGUUUGUUUUGUGUCUCAUUCUUUGAGCUGUUUCCACUGCACUGUGAAUCGGCAGUUGGGCACUGUUGUGAAUCAAAGUGAAUUUAUAUAUUUGUGUUUUUUCCCCCCCUCCUCUUGUUUACAAAUUUCAGGAGAUGAACAGCUGUAGGCCUCUGGGUAUUGGUUAAGACGGAGUGCUGUUCAUUGGGCCAAAGUUAACCCUUUUUACUUUGUGCUUGGGAGUAUAGGCUUAAAUUAUACCAUGAGCUCGUAGGGAAGCCGCUUUGAGUGUGUUUAAUUAUCCUGCCAAUUAACCCAGCUCUGAAAACCGCUUUCUCUUUAAUUUUAUUUGAAACGCAUAACCAUUUUAUUUGGAAAAAUGUUAAAAUGAUAUGAAGCACUUAUUUAAAACUGCCAUAUUUAUAUUGCCCCGAUGUCAGUUUUUUCCAUUAAAACCACUGAACCUGU